CCCGAGCCAAUCGGCUCCGCGAACGCUCUCCGACGCGACGGGACGGGGGACGGGGGACGGGUCGAGGAGGUGAUCGCCUAAGGCUCGAUCGUGUUCCGUGGUCUACUUCACCUGCGACUGCCUGCGAGGAAGAAGGGCGGAAGGCGCCCGAGUGGGGACGUUGGCAGCCAUAGCGUCGUAGACUAGAUACUAUCAGAAAGCGAGGCGUCGCUAGCUCGAGCAGCAACGGAGUAAAACAGCGCUUCCGCGAAGUGCCGGGGAUUGAUUUUUCUCGAGAUCUUUGCGAGGCACGGGCGGGCGAAGCUUCGAGAAGUCAAGUCGCGGGCGAGGUGCCGUAGCCCGCCAGCCAGCCAGCAUGCUUGCCAGCAUACGCCCAUAGGCCACGCGGGGUUGCAGAAGAGAAGAGCAGAGAAGAGAGGUUCGUGUGGCUUCUGUAAAGUGUGUGCUCCGGAGAUUGGAAGGCGGAACAUCGGCGAAGAACAGGGCAGGUCAGGGGAAUUCGAGCUGAAGUUGCGAAGGUGUGGUUUGGUGCUGCCAUGGCAGCGGAGUGUGCCUGUUUGGGUGUGGCCCGGGCGCAGUUAGCUGGCCCUGCGAUUGCGGUCGCCGGGAAGGGAAUUAGUUUGAGUGUUGGUUCUUGCUCGGUUUCAUGCCUUCCUCUGAGGACCGCUUAUUCCCUUCAGCAAGUCGAUAGCAGACGGAGCGCAGAUGUUGUGGCUAGGGCAGGUUUUGGAGCGAGGAGUGGGGCGUCCUCGCGGUCUUCCGUUAGCUUUGUUCCCAGGGCCACCGUCGCUGACAGUCCCCAGUCCAAGAGAGCGCAAGACUUGUACACAGUCGGCGACUUCAUGACCCGCUUGGACGAGUUAUAUGUUGCGAAGCCAAGUACGAGUGUCGAUGAAGCUCUAGAAGUUCUUGUGGAAAAGCGAAUUACAGGGUUGCCCGUCGUGGAUGACCACGGAAGGUUGGUCGGAGUUGUUUCGGAUUACGACUUGCUGGCCCUGGAUUCCAUCUCCGGGAAGCGAAGCGAAGAGGGUGGAUUCUUCCCCGCCGCAAACAGCACGUGGAAGGCUUUCAAGGAGAUUCAGGUGCUUCUGAACAAGACACAUGGUAAGACUGUCGGUGAGCUAAUGAGUCCUUCUCCUCUCGUAGUGAGGGAGCUGACGAAUAUCGAGGAUGCGGCCAGGUUGCUGCUCGAGACCAAAUUCAGACGGUUGCCAGUCGUCGAUGAUGCAGGCAAGUUAGUCGGACUUCUCACGAGAGGUAAUGUGGUGAGGGCUGCUCUGGUCAUCAAGCGGGCUCAAGAACAGAAGACGGCAGAAUAGAAUUCAUUCCUUUCCUUGUCUUUCGUGGAAGAACUUUUUGAAUGAAACAUUACUGCAAAUCACCGACCAAGCUUAAGCAGUCAGCAGUAAAUUACUAGCGAUUACCAUCUUUAGCUCAAGAAUUCCUCAGCUGAAUACAGAUUCCUGCCUACUGCAAACGCGGUCAUUCAAAUAUCAUCAAUUCUCAUCUUGUAUUUUUUAUCUGAACAAGAAGCAUACUAUACAGAAAUUUCUGGUUACGGG